AUGGUGCAGACGGUCAAGCUCGUCGUGCUCGGCGAUGGCGGCGUCGGCAAGACGGCCCUCACGCUCCGCCUCGCGCUCAACUACUUUGGUGCGUCUCUCGCUCCCUCUCGGUGCGAGGACUCGUACCGCAAGCACGCGAUCAUCGACGGCCAGCCCUACAUGCUCGAGAUCCUCGACACGGCGGGACAGGAGGAGUACACGGCGCUGCGAGACCAGUGGAUCCGAGAAGGCGAGGGCUUCCUCAUCGUGUACUCGACGACCUCGCGCGCCUCGUUCGACCGGGUCGAGCGCUUCCGGCACCAGGUGGCGCGCGUCAAGGACAGCGACAGCGUGCCCGUCGUCCUCGUCGGCAACAAGAUCGACCGCGUCCACGAGCGCGAGGUCGAGACGCGGCACGGCGAGGAGUUGGCCAAGCGGCUCGGGUGCGCCUUUAUCGAGACGAGCGCAAAGACGAGGGUCAACCUCGAGGAGGCGUACUUUAUGGCCGUGCGCAUGAUCGAGGCUCGGAAAGGUGGCACGGCGGCCAAGCCUGUUCGGCAGAAGACCAAGAAGCAGCGGAAAUGCUCGAUCCUCUGAGCCUGCCCGCCUCGCUCCAGCCCUUCGACCGACCGUCCCCAUGUCCAUACACGCACAGCCCGACCCCCUCUCUAUCCCUCGUCGCCCCGCCUCUGCAUGCCUCGUCCCCUUUCCCCCCCUCUUUGCCUCUCUCUCCUCGCUCCCUCGUCCCGUCCUGGUCCCCCUCGGUAGCUCGUCGUCGUUCAGCAGUCCUAUACCAUGCACAGCUCGCUCUCUUGCCCUCUC